CCCACCCCCGGCUCCAGCUCCGCUCCGUGCGAGGCUCCCGGGGGCGCUGAGCCCCCCCCCGAGCGGAGCCGGGGACCCCCCGCACCCCCAAACCAUGAGCCGGGGGGGCUUCGUCCUGCUCUGCCUGCUGAGCGGGGCACUGGGAGCAGGACGCCCUCCCAGGAGUCCAGCGGUGGCCGAAGGGCAACGGAAAGCUCCGGAGACCUCACCGGGGACCGAGGGGACCCGCAUCAGCCAGGACCUGGUGGGGGGCAGCCUGGCCAUCGACACGCUGCCAGCCAACGAGACGCGGAUCGUGGAGGACAACCACAGCUACUACGUGUCACGGAUCUACGGACCAGGGGACGCGCGGCUGAGGGGGCUCUGGGUUGACAUGGCAGCCGCCAACAGGAGCCAAGUGAAGAUCCACGGGAUCCUCUCCAACACGCACCGUCAGGCCUCGAGAAUUGUCCUCUCCUUUGACUUCCCCUUCUACGGACACCUCCUGCGGCAGGUCACGAUAGCGACGGGCGGUUUUAUCUUCAUGGGGGACGUCAUCCACCGGAUGCUCACGGCCACGCAGUACGUCGCGCCCCUCAUGGCCAACUUCAACCCCAGCUAUUCCCGCAACUCCACCGUCCAGUACUUGGACAACGGGACGGUUUUUGUGGUGCAGUGGGACAAGGUCUAUCUUCAAGGGAAGGAGGACAUGGGCAGCUUCACCUUCCAGGCAGCUCUGCACAGCACGGGGAGAAUCAUCUUUGGGUACAAGGAGAUCCCCAUGCCGGUCCUACAGAUCAGCGCCACCCAACACCCCGUGAAAGCUGGCCUCUCCGACGCCUUCAUGAUCCUCAACCCUUCUCCUGAUGUGCCUGAGUCCCGCCGUCGGACCAUCUACGAGUAUCAUCGCGUGGAGCUGGACACCAGCAAGAUCACCAACAUGUCAGCUGUGGAGUUCACCCCUCUGCCCACUUGCCUCCAGCACCAGAGCUGUGAAAUGUGUGUGACAUCGGAGCUGACCUUCAACUGCAGCUGGUGCCACGUCCUGCAGAGAUGCUCCAGCGGCUUUGACCGAUACCGUGAGGAGUGGCUGUCCUACGGCUGUGGCCAGAAGUCAGAUGAGAGGACCUGUGAGGAUUUAGCAGAAGGUGACCACUUCUCAGCACCUCCUGACAGCUCUUUCUCACCACUGGAUGAGGAUGUUACCACCUCCACGUCCUCGCUCUUCAUUGACAGCCUCACUACGGAAGAUGAUACGAAGCUCAAUCAGUAUGCAGGAAGCGAAGGUGUGGGGAGCAGCAUUCCUGCCAAGAAAGCAGGCACCCCGAUCCACACAGGUACCAUCGUGGGGAUUGUUCUGGCAGUAUUGCUGAUCGCAGCUAUUAUCCUGGCUGGAAUUUACAUCAACAGCCACCCCACCUCAAAUGCCGCCCUCUUCUUCAUCGAGCGAAGGCCACAUCACUGGCCUGCCAUGAAAUUCCGAAAUCACACCAACCAUGCAACGUACUCGGAGGUGGAGCCGGCCAGCCAGGAGAAGGAGGGUUUUGUCGAAGCAGAACAGUGCUGAGCGCUUCUCCCCCUGCGUCUCAAACCUCCCAUGUCUCAAGCGUUGGAGUCUUCUGUUAUUCUAUUGCAAAGUCUUUCCCCUCUUGGAAAAGAAACAGCAAGUAGAGGAAAAAGACCCAAUGGAGCAUCUGAUAAGAAGGAGUCAGGGCGAUGUGAGGCUGGGACUCACCUGGAUUCCUCACGGGCAGCAGUCGGUGGUGACAUCGGACUCUGCCUGCAGCCCGGAACUGAAGCCCUGGAUGUGGUGACAGAAAAAGUGCAAAGUUCUGGUUUGCUGUGGGCUUUUUGGUUUAUUGUUGGGUUUUUGCCCCCUUGCGUGUGGCUGACCUCUUCCCUCCUCCACCAGGAGUCCUAAGAGGGGCAGCAAAGGGAGGCAAACCUCAAUACAGAGAGAAUACGCAGUGGCCUCGAGCAGCAGGCUCUUGGGGAUGGCAAAAUAGAUGCCUUUAGCUGCACGCUCUGGCUCUGCCUGCACUCAGGAAAGCUGGGCUGGUUGCCUCUGCCCCUCUCCGCGGAGGUGCUGGGGGGUUGGGGUAGAUGCUGUUGGUGCCCCAGGAGAGGGACCGUUGGCUCUCCGGGGCUCCGCUCCCCUCUCCCAUUCCCACUCCCUCAGCUCUGGCCCUUUCUUCGCUCUCCCCUUUGCCUUCUUUUUGGGGUGGGCAGCAUUUAAUUUUCUUUUCACGACUCAGAAGCCUUUUCAUCCUGCGGUUGGUCUUCCGCCACUACGGCAUCAAUUCCCUGCCCUCCUCUCCCUCCAAAGUAAGAACUCCCUCCCCCCCUGCUCCAGAGAAAGGGAAACUGGAUCUAUUUUAAGGGCAAAACCCUGUGGAGGAUUCACCUUCAGGAUGUUUGUGAGCCAAUGGCUCUGAUGCACUGUCUGGCAUCUAAUUAAUUUGCUAAAUUACUGACUAUGACCCUUAACCCAAAGGAGAGUGUGGAAAACAUCUUAGAUUCCUUCAAAAUCCUCACGGCACGGCCACUAAUCCGGAGUCGUUUGUGAUGGAAGAGGAUGGGGACAGAGCAGUGAAAAAAGCUGUGCCCUCCCACAGGCUAAAUCCAAGGAGUGAAGGCAUCCAUGCCUGAUACCACUGAAAAAUCUCAAAGUCUCCUUAACAUCGCAGCUUUCAGAGGCCACUCGAGCCAGGGGAGUUUGUUCUGGGGUUUUUUUUUUUUCAUUUUAUAUAAUAUCUGAGAUUGGUCCCUGGGCUGGGUUUGUCUGUGUAUCAUCAUCCCAGAACCUGACCUUAACCAAGGGCUUCGGCGUUAGACCUCUCAGGGUUCUCCGCUCCUCCUGUGCAAUCACAACUCAACACUGCUCUGCAGGAAUACGCACCCCUACAUCCACAAACCCCAGCUGCAGGAUUGGGCCCUAAACUGUGGACAGCUUGCAUAAAAAAAAGAGUCCAAAGUCCAAUGUACAUUAAUAUUUUCUUUCCCCUACCCAAAAAAAAAAGAUGUUGGUUGUUUGGGGGUUUUUUUUCCCCUUUUUUUCCUUUCAUUUUCUCCUGAUCCUCAGUUAUUUAUUCUGAUAAUCAUGUUUGGUGCAUAUUUUAUCCACUGGCUGGUUCAGCUGUCACUGGUGGUGAUUACUGCCAAAGGCAGGGUCUGUCUAAUUAAUGUUUUCCUUCUCAUCUGCUGAAUUUAUAUAGCCAUUAAAGAUAAAUAUGGAUGCUUUGUGGCAUUUAGACCCCAGAUUAUACUUUCUCAUACGUAGCCACCAGGGAGGCUUUUGAUGCAUCUUAUUAUGGAAUAAAGGCACCAAAACGCUCAAGCAGGGUAAGUCAGCCUGAGCUGUGCCAAGUUGCUAUGGCCCACAGUCUCUCUUCAGAUGUAUUUUGAAGAUAAACUUUAUUCCAAAAUAAAGCUUUCAAUUGGAAAGUUGUUUUUUUCCCCCAUAUCCCUGAAGUAGAAAGAAUUCAAAGGGAUGCUGUCAUCUAGUUCUUGCCCAGGAUCUGAUCUCCUUUGAAAUGGUUAUGAGCUAGUAAGGAAUUUUCUCUGGAUUUAACUCUUUUCAAGUAAUGGCCUCGGUUUUAUUGUUUUACUGAAUUACAUACACAAUGUAUGUAUAUAUACAUACAUAAUGUAUGUAUAGCAGCAAGAUUUUGGGUACUUCUCUUCCCCUAAAAUCCCUAGAAAUGCUAGGUAACAUCCAACAGUUCUGAAACGGUGAGAAUUUAAAUGAAAACAGACUUCAAAUAGAGUGCAAUUGAGCUGCACGAAGGAUUCAGAAGAGGAUCAGAUACUCAGGUGGAGAAUAACAACAUCCAAGAGCCACAGCGCAGAGAUAUGCAAAGUACCUGCGCUCCAGGGGAGAUGCCAAGUGCUGGGUGCCUGGAGUGAAAAAGGCUUCUUAAAAUUCCUUUAAGGAAAGAAACAAACCAAACCAGGCUAUUCUGAAUUCCGUAGCUGUGCAACAGCUGCUUGGUCUGCCUUCUACCGAGGAAUAGAGUUUGGGGUGUUGUGAAGCAGAGCGUUAACAGCCUCAAUCCAUCAUCUCUAAGACCUUGUCGUAGAGUAGAUGGAGAAGUUCCUGCCUGUAGCCAUGUGCGGGCUCUGAGCUGAAGGCUGGGAUUCAACCAGCUUCUCCCACUGCCGAGCCUGGAGAAGGAGAAGAAAAAAUGUCAAAUAUUCUGUUUUACCUUUCGACAGCUCUGGGCAGUUGAAGUUCGCGUCUGGGGAGCUCACGAGCCAGCAGGGAGCAAUCUUUUCUGAAUAUUCUUUGCACUGGAAGAGAAGAGGUGGUCUAUUAAAUUCCAGAAAGCCUGACAGUGCUGUUGCCGAUGUCUAGAAGAAAGAGAAAAAUGUCUUUACCAUCAACAAGUACUGCUCUAAUGUUGAAGAGGAGAGUCUGGGCUCAAGUCCAACGCAUCAGGAUCAAUGCCCCUCUCUUACCUGUGUAACUCAGACUUCAAAGUGCCGGUUAAUCUGUCAGUCUCAAGUGCCAAACCAAGAAAGUGAUGGUGGUGACUAUGACAUAAAAAGAGAUUGAUUUUGCUUUUAAUCGGUGGCUUCUCCAGUCCCAUCCUGAGGUUUUCCUCUGGAUUCCGAUGAACCCAGCACUCGGGCUUGCUUCAAAGCAGAUGGCAUAAUAGACGUGUGUAUUGACCUGUGUAUUUUAUAGCUACGAAAGGCGCUGAGGCUGUUGGCUGUGCUCAGCCCAUGGCUCAGCUGGUUAAAAAAACGAUGCAAAACACAAACUGCUCUGGCUCCUCAUUUGUCUUGCCAAGCACCGUGCCCCGGCAGUUUGUGGCGGCUGCGGAGCGCAUCCUUCGGGCGUAAAGGCAGCUGCCUGUCAUCAGGCACGAAACGACAUCACGUACCUGCUCCUUGGCCACUGCUCUACUGCAGCAGUCGGGAGAGCAGCACAGGGGUUGUCAGAGACCACGGAGAGGCUGGCUCUGCUCCUGUGGAAGUCGGAGGGGUAACCCCCCCAUCUCGACAUCAAUGGGAACAGCACCCAGAUCAAAAAAAUACUCUCUAAAGGCCUCUUUUCCACAUACUUGAAUUCAUAGCACAGUCGGAUGGUUUUGGGGGACUAAAGGCACUUUAACCGUCUUUUAAUGCAGUGUAUUUACUACGGACUAUCUGCAUGGAAUACAGUCUUAAUAUUAAAAACAAAUCUUCCUUUUGGACUGCUUUGUUUUCAAAAUAAAACGUGGAAAGGAUUACUGGUCCUGUUAUGCAAACUUCUAUUUCCAUCUUGUAUUCUUUUAACAGACACUACAAGAAUACAAGGAUAUUUUUUAAAGACAUCCUUUUCUGUCUUAGCAAUACCACAUCAGAUCAGGAGGUGUUCCCAGGACAUAUCUAAGAUAAAAAACAACGUAACUGAGGUUUGAGUCAAGACUAUAAUUUUCUUCUAAUUUUAUUCUGCGCAGCUUGCUUAAGAUGGUUUUUUUCUUUGCAGCCUUCUCAGCUUGAACAAUGACGUUUGCCGAGCCCGUUUGACUUUUUGGCAGCAGUAAGGUUUAGUGUUUUGAUCUCUGCACUAGAACAAAUCAUUUU